CUACAAGAAAGUCGUAGUGGUCGCCUGACGUCCGUUCUCACGGGCAGUUUGGGUCGACGUCGACCCCCCGGUUCCGAUUCGGACCCCAUUAGCAGUUCCAUCACCGCAUCCGCGUCCAGUCCUUCAAAACCGUGCAAACCGAGACGCUUACAUUUUGUCUAUCGAUUACGUGUAAUCGGUCGUGAUCCGAAUUCCCUAUUACAUGAAACUGUGCGUGUACUGAAGCAAAAUGGCAUUUCCUAUGUGCACAGGAACGAAUUCUGUUUAUCGUGUUCUAAUCAGUCACAACCCCCUCGACAGUCCGGUUUGCCUGACUCUGUGGUAGCAGCCGUUGGACCAGCAGCAGCAACCUCUGCUGCUUCUGCAGCCGGAAUAGCUAGAGAGGAUGAGCAUCAUUUAAUUAGUUCCGAAACACAGAAUGCGGCCAACCUGAAAUGGGAGAUGGAAGUCUGCCGUCUGGGUAAACCAUCCCGCUACGGAGUGAAAUUCAAACGUAUCUCAGGCGACCCGGAGGCAUUCAAGCAAUUAGAACAGGCUCUUACCCGUCAGUUCACCACACCUCUCGUCUGA